CAGAUUCUGGUUUAAGUCUCCUCCACCCCUCACCGUCCAGCCCAGCUCAUCCCUCUACCUACAUCUUGAGGCCACUAUGUCCGAUGGAGCUGAAGAGACAUUCAAUGCUGUGGAGCUGGAUGGGGGGCAAGCCAAGUCCUCUAAUGUGGAUAUGAAGGCCCAACAUACGGUUGAAGCCAGUAAGCCUCUACCACAGGCAGAGGAGAGGACUGCACCCUCCAUACCCUCUGCGCCUGACGUGCCCAAAUCACAAGAGAAAGCCAACCGAUGGGUAAACGCUGUGGACCAGUUCAAAGUGAAGAGGUUUUUCGUUUUAAGGCCUGGUACUUUAGAUCAUGCCAUUGAUGACAUCAAAGCCCUGGUCAACCAAGAGGAAGAUGGGCCCAUCAACAACAUUUGGCUCAUGGCUGAGGUGGACCACUGGAACAACGAGAAGGAGCGGCUGGUGGUCCUGACCGAGAACACACUCCUCAUCUGCAAGUACGACUUCGUCAUGUUCAACUGCGAGCAAGUCCAGAGAGUCCCGCUCCACUACGUCGACCGCAUCAUCCAUGGGUCCUUCUGCUUCCCGCAGCAUUCCCUCCUCAAGAGAGAGGGUGAGGGUAUGCGUAUAUUCUGGGACCGUCUGAGGGAGCCUGCGUUCUCGUCGCGUUGGAACCCCUUCACCAUGGAUUACCCAUACUGCACCUUCACCUACCACCCCGUCAGGAGCAUCAGCGACAGGUUUUCCACACUCUGUGAUCUGGAGACGUUCAGGGAGCAGCUGGCAGCCACAGCGGAGCGUGCUCUGGAGCGGAAGCCGUUGGCGGGGAGGGCCAAUGGCGUGCUGACGCUGAACCAGCCCAUCCUCAUCGAGGCCUACGUGGGCCUCAUGUCCUUCAUCAGCAACCAGAACAAGCUGGGCUACUGUCUGGCCCGCGGCAACAUCGGCUUCUGAGCCACGCCGCCGCUCUACGCUGCUCCACGGGAGGAUCACUCUCUCGUCCAGUUCCUCUCGGCUUCGCCACACUCCUGGGUCAGCUGCUCGGGCUCUUCAGGGAGUGGUCAUGUGUGUUUUUGUUCCCCUAGUAUGUUGAUUAAGUAUAAAUAUAAUAAUUUUAGAAAGUGCUGUUGUUUGAGUGCAGAGUGGGUUUGUAAUUCUUUGUUUGUUUUUGUUUGCUUGUUUGUUUUCUUGUUUCAACAAAGACAGACUAGUAAUAUACUAAUCAGCAGUUCUGUUUUGAAUUUGCUAAAUUAUUUUUGGAAACAGCAGCAGUUUUGAUUCAAUGAAUGUAACCAACCACAGCCAUCAGCAUUGUUUACAUCCUACUGUGGUUUCUUAUAACGUGUGUAAAUCUAUCUUGCAAGAGAAUUCUAAGAAUUCC